AGUUGGUGGAUAUGGAGGGCUCGCGAAAUCUGUGGGACGGUGGCUGGGAGAAAGCCAAAGGCGCGUCUACCACGCUCGAGGGUCGGGCGUGCCAGGAAGGUUGAGGAAGUCUCGAGCUGGCGGGGAGUGGGGAGACGAGGACGAGACCAGGGCUGUUCCUCAGAGAAGGAGCCUUCGAGACGUGAUGUACUGGUCGUGGUGUGGUGUGCGGAUGCGGAGAGGAGCGGGCGCGGUUGGCGCUGUCGACUUUGGCUUGACUGCUGUCUGCUUGUCUCUCUUGACCAUGUGUGUGGAUGAUCCCUCCUGCCAGGGGUCCCCGUCGGGUCGGGGAGGUGCGAGAAAGUGGGCAGAUGCCACAGAUGGAUGGAGGCGUCUCGCGCUUCAGACGGAGGCGCUGGUGAAACUGCGGUUGUCAGGGUGUCGAUCGAGGGCCAAACGACAUCGGCGAAGGACGACAACAACAACAAACUUCAAGCUACCCGAGGUUACGCAGUGAUCGUGCAACUCAAAAACGAGAAACACACGACUUUUUGCA